AUGGGAAACUUCAGCUUGAUGCUCGCUUUACUCUGCAACCUCAGUUGGGUCGCUCUGUCAGCUUCCCUGUUUCAAACCGUGACGGUUCGACCCGAUGAAGAAGUCACUCUGCGAUGCGCCAACCUUAGCCGAAUUGCUGGUCACAUUUUCUGGUUCAAGCUGAACGACGGACCCGACGUGAGCCGGAUCUCGUCUAUGUCCACCUCCGAAGCCGUUCCUUCGUUGCACGGUGAAUUUCAACGGGGCAAAUUUACCAUGAGAUCCAACGUCACAAACAUAUUUCUGGACAUCAAACAGGUGGAGGUGACCGACUCCGGAUUGUAUUUCUGUGGGUUUUAUGCUGAGGAUUUCCCUGGAGUCUUCGCCGCAACAUAUUUACAUGUCGAAGUCAGUCUUUUACAUCAGAUUGAAGAACCAGGCAACCUGCUGAAUUGGAUCCUGGGUGGUGUAGUCAUUUUUCUUGCUAUGGUCAUCAUCAGUUUGGUUGUCAAAAUCAGGACUUUGCGUACAGGUCGUGUCCGUUUGACGCUCUGUCGGUUUCACUCAGUGACGGUUCAGGCUGGAGGACACGUCACCCUGUCGUGCGCCAACCUCAGCAAUCUUCCCUCUCACGUCUCGUGGUCCAAACUGGCCGACGGCGGCAACAUCGGCUGCAUCUCGACUAUGACCAGCUCCGAAUCCAGAGCUGUGCUGUGUGAUGAAGGUCAAGGUGACAAAUACAGCAUGACGUCGAACGGGACAGACAUCUUCCUGGACGUCCAGGAAGUGAAUUUAUUAGAUGCUGGAGUUUAUAUCUGCGGCCUAUCCACCGACGAGUUUAAAGGAAUCUUCGGCUGUCGGCCCCCGACGCUUUAA